CCCGUCACUUUUCUAACGCGCCCGUACGAGCUGCCGGCGAUACGAGGGCGUCGCGGGUGGUUCGAUAAGGGGAGAACAUGUAGUUAGCCUGGUUCGGGCGAAGGGAAUUUGGGUUGGCAUUCCUGUGCGGGCGAGGCGGCUGGCAACUGCACCGACGGCCGCUCGCAGGGCAGCCACUGGCGGCUCCGCACUGCACUCGAUGGCAUGAAGUGCUCCUGGCAGGGGAUGGGAAGGGCCAGGCGGAUUCUAGGCUGGAUUUUGGAAACGUGGCUGCUUUCGUGUAGGGGAGAGGCCAGGCAGAUGCUCUAGACGAAGGCGCCUUGUGCAGGGCAGCCACAUCAUUACAGGCCUGGCACGGCACAUGACACGAGGGCAUGGCAGGGGACGGAAGACACGCAUUAUGCUGAGCAAAUUCUUUGGCGGAUCAUGGAAUUGCGGGGGCGGGAGGGAGACUGUCGGGGGGAAAGGGGCCCAGAAUCCGCUUUGCAAGAGCUUCUCAUGACAGGUCCGUCGAUCUAUGUGAAGGGCUUGUACAGGAAGGGAAGGACACCCACAGAGCUGGACGAAUUAACGGACUUUGACGAGGACUAGAGGUUGUGUGUGAGGGAGAGGCUGAGGGGAAGAAUGAGAUUUUUUUUUUCGGGCAAGAAAGGGCAAUUUACGUGUCACGCGCACACACACUCCCAAACACAAACAGUGGAGGAAGGGAAAUGAAAUAUAACGAAUAAAUAAAAUAGUUUACCAUAGGGAAUGAAAAGGGUUAGGAAAAGUUGAGAUGGGAUUUGUGAAAGAACCACUGAGAAUUGUUACAAAUAGAAAUGGGGAAACAUAUAUUUUCAGAAAACGGAAAUGGUAGUUAUAAUGAUAAUAUAUAACAAUGCAAAACAAGUACGUAGGAUAUAAAUAGUAUUAAUCAGACAUACGUAAUUUACAUUUACAUAAAAAAACAGACACCCAGGAAUAGGUAUGCAUAAGUAUAUUUCUUUGAUAAAUGAACAUAAAUAACCUGAUUAAUGUUUGUGUAACAACGAGGGGCGACAAAAAAAAAAGAAAAAAAAAAAAAAGCGAGUACAUAGCAGAUUUAUAAAGUACAACGAUUUCACAGAGAGCUAUUUUUCGGAUAGGACAGGUAGGGGUCAGGUCACCAUAGAGGUUGACAGACCAGGGCAUCAGAAGGGACAAGGCCAUCGAGAGUCACACACCAACAAAAUCUAGAGAUUCCCGCUCAUGCUUACAGCAACGUUGAGGUACCCAGUCAUAUGCUGACGGGCGCGAGGGGCUUUGUUAGAUUCGAAUAGGAACGUGAGAUACUAACAAGGACUUCAUGUACUUAGAUAACAGCAGAGACGUAGGGUACCCAGUCAUAUGGUAAUAGAUACAUUGCAAUAGGGACACAAUGUACUCAGAUACCAACAGGGGCAUAAGGUACCUAGUCAUAUGCUGACAGGGGCUCGAGGUACAUUGAUUAUAACUGGUACAUAAGGUGCCCAGUCAGAUACCGACAGCUACCGGAUGUACCCAUUCAGGAACCAAAAGAGACAUACGAUGCCCAGUGAUAUGCUGACAGGGACAUAGGGUAUUUAGAUUGUAACAAGAAUACAAGGUUCCCAGUUAGAUGUUAACAAGGACAUGAAAUACCCAAUCAUGUUCUCACAGGGACGUGAGGUAUCAAGUCAAAGCUUAGAGCUAGGAUGGCAUAAGAGGUGGCAAUUCCUUAAAAUCACAUUUUCGACUAAUAACUUGCGACCGAUUAAGUUAUUUUUUCAACGUCAAACUGAAAAGGGAUACUUCAGAUGGUAGCAGUUUUGUAAGGUGGAUUUUGAAAUGUGUAUUUGUUACUUAUUAGUCUAUACGCAAGAGAAGAAAGCUCUGGUAAAUUGAGUGUGAUACGAAUCUUUAUAAGCUUGUCACUGAUUAGUAUCGAUCUACGGUUUUGCUACUGUAUGAAAUAUAGAGGAUAAACUAUUAAACUUCGUCGUAAUGUCGGAAGUUUAGAACAUUAAACACAACGAACACAGUUCUGAAGCAUCUCACUUGUAUCUGUGUUUGUGAUGGAGGCUCUGGCCCUGGACGUCACCUCGCUUGGGGACGAGGGAGCCCAGAUGAUAACUUUAGUCGAAACAGCAAGCUUAGAAGAUGAGACAACACAGCACAAUGUCCACAUCCUCACAGCAAAUCAGCUGGAAAAUGACUCUCCAGAUCACUUGCAAGAUAACCCGCACACACAGAUGCAUAAUUCCAUUCAUCAGUCAAUUGUGCCCAAGACCCUUAAGAGUCCCCACUGCCUGGUCUGCAACGCAAAGCUUGGAGUCUCGGCAAGGGGUGCAAUGGAAGUCUUCUCUGAUAGGGCAAAAACUUCACAUCGACAACUCCAAGUUCAUACUGUCUUGAGUGACAUUGUCAACCAGGAGUUGAAUCCCAUUGCAAUUCAUUCCAGUAUUGUGUGCAAGAAAUGUUUUAAAUUAAUAGAUGACAUAGACUCCAUGGAAGGACAACUAAUUAAUAUGAAGCAGGUGGUCACUAACAAAUACCUAAGAACCCUCGCCUUAGUUAAGCAAGAUCUUACUGAGGAUAACGUUGACAGAGUGCUGGAGGAAGACUCACUUAAUCUAGAAGCAGCUAAUCUUGCGAAAGAUGACAAGGACUUCAAAGUUUACAUGGGAUUAAGUGGAAAUCGUGCAAGGAGAGGGCGCCGAGGCAAGGGCCGGGGACGCCCAGCUAGUGUUAAGUUAGAAGUGAAACAGGAAGAAUCUGUAGAAGUGAUCACAGGCCUUGCUGCCAGUGAAUCAGUUGAGACACUGAAACAUCAGGAAGUCUGUGUGCAGGGCCUCCUAAGCUCCUCUGACAGUAAUGAUGGAUUAGGGGCUCACUUGGAGGAGAGCCUUGAGGAUGACGGAGGUGCUGACAUGCUCAUGGUGGAAGAGGAGAUCUUGGAUGACUCGGCUGUGGCGGAGGCAGUGGAGGACGUUAUGGAGGUGGAUGGGCUGGACCUGGAGGACACAGAUGGAUGUGUACAGAUUGGUUCCCUGACUCUCCCUACCCUGACCCCGCAUGGCCUGGGUGUAGAGCAUGACUCGCAGGACAUGAGUGAAGAACACAACCUGCUUGAUGAUGGUGUGGAGAAGUACAAGUGCCGUUUCUGCUCUCUCAAGAUGAGCGUCUUGGUUGAGAUACAGAGGCAUAUGCGUGAGGCACAUCCUGAUCGACUGUUUGAAUGUGAAGUUUGUCAGGAAAGGCUACCAACCAAAGCAGAAUUAUGUGAUCAUUUAGGACAGCAUAUCGCUUCAGGAGAAAAACCCUACUCUUGCACCAUGUGUUCAAAAAGAUACGCACUUCCGAGGCAACUGAAGGAACACUUACGUCAUCACAUGAACAAGACCUUUGCAUGUUCCCAGUGCCCAAAACGCUUCCGAUCUGAACCUGCUCUCCAGGAACACUUCAAUCUUCACACAGGAAAUAGACCAUAUGGCUGUGAUCAAUGCAAUAAGAAGUUCACAUCAAAACAUGUUCUCAAAACACAUAUGAAAACACAUGGCGUGCGACAUAGACCCCACCAGUGCCGAACCUGUGGCAAACUCUUCCUAACAUCGCAUCAUUUAACCGAUCAUAUGAAUGUCCAUGAGGGUAAGAAAAACUUCAUAUGUGAAACUUGUGGAAAAGCAUUUGCUACCCAGAGGAGUCUAGACUUACAUGCUAUCACUCACUCUGGUGUCAAAAACUUUGCAUGUACAAUAUGUAAUAAGCUUUUUGCAAGAAAGGGGGAGGUUGAAGACCAUGAGAGAAUUCACACAGGUGAAAAGCCAUUCCAGUGUGAAAUAUGUGGGUCAACUUUCAGCCAAAGGAGUAAUUUACAAUCACAUAAGAGAACAACACAUUUCCAAGAGAAGAGGUAUCAAUGUACACAAUGUAGCAAAGCAUUUAAAAGGAAGAGACUGUUAGUUUACCAUGUAAUGAGUGUUCACACUGGUGAAAGGCCUUACAAGUGUGAGCAAUGUAAUGCAGGUUUUGUAUACCCAGAACAUUAUAAGAAGCACUUGAGAAUACAUACAGGUGAGAAGCCGUUCAAAUGUGAAAUAUGUGGGAAGACUUUCAAUUCCAGAGAUAAUCGCAAUGCUCACAAGUUCAUCCAUUCAGACAAAAAGCCUUAUGAGUGCAUCCUUUGUGGUGCUGGGUUUAUGCGCAAACCAAUGCUUGCAUCACAUCUCCAGCAACAUGGGCAUACAGAGAAUCUUGAAGGAUACAUGAAAGUCAAUCCUCCAACUGUAGUUGCUGCUGAAAAUGGAGAAGGAGUGCCAAGCCCUUCAGGUACUGUAAGAACCAUGAAAUUAGAUGAUGAGCAAAGUCUUGAACCAAGUUUAGAUACACCAGUACAGUUGGUGCGUGGUGGGGUGCGAGACGGAGAAACAGUUGAAGUAGUUUCAAGGCCAGUUCACAUCAUUGAAACUGAUGAUAUUCCAAGGUACAUUAUACACACAACUGGUACAGGUGAGCGUACAGAGGAAGGUGUUGGACACUUCUUUGCUUCCCUUCAAGGCCAAGUUGUUGAGGUGCGUGCAGAGGAUAUUGAAAGAUACACUGACCUGACCUCUGAUCAAAUGACCCAUGUAGCUCAAGUCGCUGCCCAAGUAGUGACAGGACAGACAUCUAAUAAUGGAAUUCAGCAGGUUGCUGUUUCAAGUGACCUUAGACCAUUCCAUAUCCAGCUAGAACCAGCAACUCGGGAAAUCACCCUGCAAACACAGGCAGGUACUGCUCGGGAGGUUACCGCUUCCAUAGGUGUUCCGACAGCCACAACUGUGACAACACGUGAAGUAACUUUGCCCUCUGGGAGCCAGGUUCAGGGGACACCAGGAACUGCAGUUUUAGUUGGGAACAGACAAGUACAAUAUGAAGCAAGUGGAUUAGGGCAGGGUACACUUCGGAAAGUUCUGACGGACAGAGAUGAAAUACGAACCAUAUCUGUUCAUAAUAUGACUCCCACAACAGAUACCCGGACUGUUAGAACGUGGCCGCAACAAACCAUAAACACAUCUACUCCAAACUUUAUUGGAAAUUGAUAUAUCAGCAUUAUUAAUUUGCUUAGCACAUCAGUUAUUACUGAAUGUAAGGCAUGAUGUUUAUUAGGUCUACAGCUUUAAUAUGACAUGUUUUAUAUGUCAGUUCAAAGUAUAAAUUCUUGUACAUGUUACAUGGCUUAAAAAUUUGUAAGAUUUGUUUUUUAGAAGAUUGACAAAUUGCAGACUUAAAUUUGUACUGACUGUAUUUGGUAGGAAGUAAACAAAGUUUGUGACAAUGCAUACAUUCCAUUUCCACGUAUUGCAAGAUUUCACUAGUUGAAACAAGAGUAAUAGUCUAUUGUAUUUUUGCAGGUUCUUAUUGGAGUAUGUAUAUGGUUUAUUACUUACUGUAUAAAAGAAAAAAGAAAUUA